AUGGGUUGGAAGAAUGAAAAGGCGGCAUCUUCGCAAGCUGAGAUGCCACGCUUGGACAUGUCUACGAUAAUGCAGACGCAGUUUGAAUACGAAUGUCACGCUGAACAUGCACAUCCGCGUGGACACACUUCCAAGCUCUUGUCUCUACUCACUCUCGCAAUACUCCGACACCUCCUAUGGACUAAGACCCAAAUACCACAACCUUUGCAAGCACUAGAACGUGAGGCUUUUGCAAUAUUGGAUGAGGACGAUGAAGCCUCUUGUUUGUGUCUUUCCUACGGCACAGAAGGAAAUAUCAUACUUCCAUUUGCCAUGACGCGACAUUUGCCCAGUCCUGUCCAACGCGUGACACAGCUCCUGUAUUCUUGUACCAAGCUAGAAACACGCUUGUACGACUUGUUGGCAUCACUGGAAUCUACACCGCCAACAACUCUCCACAUUGCCAUGGUGACAGGUCAAUCGCUUUCAUUUCCUCAGCAUGUGCUCGUGCUACACUUUGACCAGAUGCUAGCAUUUGGCAAAAACUACAUAUCUGAUUCAGACUCAUGCAAGGACCGAAGGAGAAAAGUAAGUGCACUUAUGGAGCGAAAGUUUGUGCGUUUCACUAUGGACAAGGAUUUGCUUUUGCCUGACACAUGUCGACCUACGCGCACACGUAUCUUAGUUUGUGCUCCUCCUCAGCUCCAGAUCUCUGGCUGGCAUCCUAGGCCUCAUUGGCGCGCACCUGCCCCCACGGUUGCUCCGGACCCGGAGCUCGAAUCAGAAACAGAGGAUUUACUCGCACAGGCUUCUGAACCGCGUGUAUCGAAAAUGAAUCAAGCUACUCAUACAUUUCUGUCUCGUCACAGUGCACGUAAAGAGGCUUGUACACGUCUAAAACGACGCAGCACGCGAUCUGUACAUAUUAGCGUGGACGGAGGUCUCCGGCCAGCGCGUGGGGUUGCGACACCCAAUGUCACGUGGUAUGAAUGCGACGUACACGUCGUGGGCUUUUGA